AUGCCAGCACAACCAUCAGCGCAGGAAGUAGCGACUACCCUUCUCGCUGAAAAAGGGUUGGUAGUCGAGUCCCUCGAACGUAUUCAGUCAUUAUGGGCCGGGUAUGGCGAGAUAUGCCGAGUCAAUACUGUUCCGGAUGCUGCAUCGGCUGGCUCUUCCACGGAAUACCAAUCUUUUGUUCUCAAACUUGUUACGCCUCCUCCGACAAAGUCAGAUGAUGAGGGACAUACGAGGAAGAUUUUGAGUUAUAGAGUAGAGCAGUACUUCUACACUCACCUCGCGCCUCAGAUGCCAGAUUCACUUCCUGUUGCUAAAUGCGUGGCAAGCAUCAACAAGCAGAACGAGGACGGUACCUCGAUAACAGCCAUGCUAUUAAGCGAUCUCAAACAGCAGUAUCCCAUUGCGGGCGAGAAACGCGCAGUGCUCUCGGAAACCCAAGUCUUUGCUGCAUUGGACUGGCUCUCCGGCUUCCACGGCUUCUGGUGGUCGCGCGUGCAAACCCUGACGCCCUCAUCGCUUGUCCUACCUCCACUCGAGGAAGUCCAGCGCAACGACCAAGACACCGAGGAAAAGAGCGUCUGGCUCAACGGCGGCUACACAUACCUCACAACACGACGAAAAGAGUACACCUCUCUAGCCAUGGACCACCACUCGGACUGGGGUAUCCCGCUCACCCGCCGCACAAACGACGAAGACCUCUCCAUCGCCGAAAUGGCAGCCCUCUUUCUCGCACCCAAAACACCAGAAAACCCUUCAAUAGCCAAAUACCAAACCCUCAUCCACGGCGACGUUAAAUCCGAAAACCUCUUCACAAGCACGUCAGGAGACCAAGUCGCAUUCUACGACUUUCAAUACACAGGCCUCGGUCUCGGCGUCUGCGAUCUCGCAAAAUACUUUACCUGCUCCGUCCCGCUCGCCAUGCUCGUCGCAGACGAACACGUGCAGCAGGAGCUGCCGAUGCAGGAAGGCGAAGAGAAGCUUUUGCGUCGCUACUGGGAGAAGCUGUGCGCAACCGGUGAGCGAGAAUACGACUGGGCUACUUUUGUGAGGCAUUGGGAGAUAGCGCUGGUGGAUUGGCUGCGGUUCCAGGCCAGUUGGGGGUUCUGGGGUAAUACAGAGUGGUUGGAGGCGAGGGUGAGGAGUGUGUUGGGUGAUGAGGAGUGGCGGAGGUUUUUGGUGGAUAAUGUGGCUAAGAUUAGCACAUAG